AUGCCCGGACGUGUUCUACCAACAUUCACGCCCACCGAGGUCGAGUUGCAUAACAAUGCUAAAUCCUGCUUUAUUACCAUCGGUCGCAAUGUCUACGAUGUGACCGACUUCGUGGAGGACCAUCCUGGUGGUGGUGAUCUGAUUCUGGACUAUGCCGGCAAGGACGUGGCGGAGAUCAUGAAGGACGAAACCUCCCACGAGCACUCCGAGGCUGCCUACGAAAUUCUUUUGGACUACCACGUCGGCUUCCUCGCAUCAGAUGCAUCCGGCAAGUUCCAGGACACUGGUUUCAACGUUGGCAAAGGCGAAGGAAUCGUUUACGAAACCACCGGAAUGUCACGGGAGGAGGAUCUCUCUGUCGAGACCGACUACUCGCAGGACUUCAAGACUCACAAGUUCUUGGAUCUCAGCAAGCCUCUGUUCCCCCAACUCUGGUACAGCACCUUCUCAAAGGAAUUCUAUUUGGAGCAAAUCCACCGCCCACGUCACUACAAGGGAGGCCAGUCGGCCCCUCUCUUCGGCAACUUCCUCGAGCCUCUUAGCAAGACUGCGUGGUAUUAUGGUACCAUGGUCGGAGCGGAGGGUCUGAACAACCCCUUGGCUGCUGCCGCGUAUUGGGUUAGUGGCGUUUGCCUCUGGUCCCUAAUCGAAUAUCUCAUGCAUCGCUUCCUCUUCCACGUGGACCACUGGCUCCCUGAUAACCGAGUUGGUCUGACCCUGCACUUCCUUCUUCACGGUAUCCACCACUAUCUCCCUAUGGAUAAAUACCGACUUGUCAUGCCGCCGACCCUGUUUGUCGUGUUGGCCGCCCCUUUCUGGAAGCUGGCCCAUGCUGUCUUCUUCUACAACUGGUAUGCGGCUGUGCAGGUCUUCUGCGGCGGUGUCUUCGGGUAUGUCUGCUAUGACCUGACCCACUAUUUCCUUCACCACCGCAACCUUCCCAUGUACUACAAGGCGCUCAAGAAGUAUCACCUUCAGCACCAUUACGCUGACUUUGAGAAUGGAUUCGGUGUGACCAGCCGAUUCUGGGAUCGUGUCUUCGGCACUGAGCUGGAGGCUCCCUCUUCGAAGGGCGCCAAGGCCCAGUAA